UACUGGCUUGUAGCUCUUAAGAGUCAGUGAGAGCGCUUAGUCCAGUCGAUCUGGGAGGAGCUGUGCCUGUAGACAUGGGAUCCAAGCUUCUGUGCCUCGUCCUCGCCUCUAUCGUCCUUGCUUACUACGUCUACAGUCCCAUCCCAGAGGACUCUGAGGAGCACUGGAAAGUGAUGCUCAUCACAGCUACCUUCAAGACCUUUAGGAACCUAGCUGGGGUUGCUGAGUAUCUGGGUCUGAUGCACUAUAUGGAUGUUGUGACACUGAUCGGAACUAUGCAGUAUGUCGCACCCAUGUCUGAUGAAAACGUCAUUGUGACAGACACAGAGUUCAACAACGUUACCGUCCGUCUGUACCUGCCCAGAAAGGCAUCUGAUGGGCUGAGAAGGGCGGUGGUCUACUUCCAUGGUGGAGGAUGGUGUAUAGGACACGUAGGCAUGAAACCCUACGAUCUUCUGGCAAGGUGGACUUCAAACACGUUAAAUGCUGUCGUGGUAUCAGUCAAUUACAGGUUGGCACCUAAAUAUCGUUUUCCCAUCCAGUUUGAAGAUGUGUAUUCGGUAACAAAGUUCUUCCUCCAGAGCAGUGUCCUCUCCCAGUAUGGGGUGGACCCAGAUCGGGUCUGUGUUGCAGGAGACAGUGCAGGUGGCAACUUAGCUGCAGCUGUGGCACAGCAGCUGUCAGAGGACCCUGAAGUCAAAACUAAACUCAAAGUCCAAGCUUUGCUUUACCCUGCUCUUCAAGUGCUUGACCUAAAUUUGCCAUCUUACCAAGAAAAUGAAAACGAUCCCAUUUUAUCCAGAUCACUUACGGUCAGGUUCUGGAGUGAGUAUUUCACUUCAGAUUUGUCUCUCAGGGAAGCGAUGAUCUCCAAUAGGCAUGUCCCAGUUGAAUCAAGCCACUUGUUUCAGUUUGUAAACUGGAGCAACUUGCUGCCUGAGGAGAUGAAGAAAGAUCAUAUCUACAUCAGUCCCACCUACGGCAGCUCCAAGCUUGCCCAGAAGUACCCAGGGUUUCUGGAUCUGAGGGCGGCACCGCUGCUGGCAGGUGAUGCCCAGCUACGCAAGCUGCCCCGCACCUACAUCCUCACCUGUGAGCAUGACGUCUUACGGGAUGAUGGAGUCAUGUAUGCCAGGCGCCUCCAGGCAGCAGGCAUUCCCGUCACACAUGACCAUGCCAAGGAUGCCUUUCACGGGGCGAUGGCAUUUAUCUCAUUUCCAACUGAGUUAGCUGUAGGGCGCCGCCUGUUGAACAGGUAUAUUGAGUGGUUAAAUGAGAAUCUGUGAGCUGAAAAUGUUGCUCUGCUAUGCCUGGCUCACGUUCACUGGGUGUGAUCUUAAGGUCCUUCCCAACCCUAACCAUUCUAUGAUUCUAUGAUUAAGGAGCAUAGGAGAAUAGGAGCUAUGUGACUUCUGGGGUGAUUGCUGUCUUCAUUGUGUUGCGUUUCUUAUCUUGUCUAGCAGGAAAAUCGAGCUGAUUCUAAUCUGUGUGUUCUUUUAGUGCUGUUGUGUGAGCUCAGAACCACAUAAACUGCCCUGGGAUUUAUCUUCUGGCCAAGACCAGAAGGGUUGGUGUGCCUCACCCUGCCUGUGCUUGUUUGAGCCCUGGGCUGAUACAGUGUGUGGGACUUGGUGUCCUGUGUUGGCCGCUGCUUGUUUCUUCGUAUCACUGGCUUGUGCAAAUGGGCAAGGUGACUGCACACACUUGGUGCUUGGUGGCCACUUGCUCCCUGUCCCCUUAAGCAUGCUCUCUAGUCCUAUGGGAUGCGCUGACAAGGCUCCGCUGCUGCCACUGGGUGAUGGGGUGAGCAGAGGUGCAGAGACCCGACUUCAAAGUACAAGGCAGCUUGUGGAACCCUGUCCAUCGCAGGCAGCCACUGGGUUUGUGCUGUUGUCUUCCUCCAGCACUGCUCAAGGGAAGUGCUUGCUUGAAAACUGAGAGGUAUGGCUAUAACAGUGCAAAUGUUUGGGAGGUUUUUUGUUGUUGUUUUGUUGGUGGUGUGGUUUGGUUUGGUUGUUGUUUUUUUGGUUUGAGUUUUUUAAAAAACCAACCAUCUGUCUGUCUUGGUAGGUAAUCACUUUCUUUAAUCUCUGUACUUGAAUGAAAUGGUGUAACAAAACAGCACUGGAUAUUUACAAGAUAAAGAGACACUGUGAAGGUCCUAGCCUUUCUAUAGCACUGCUGUGUGUUUUACGCUCUACUUAUUUGAUAACUUACAUAUUAUGUGUUCUAAUUAUCCUUAAAAUUGUUAAUCAUGUUUUACAUAUGAAUUUUAAAAAACAAAAUUAGCUUACUAGCUUUAUAGGCUUGGAAAAGAAACACAAUUCAGUCUUCAAACAAUAUCUGCUAUAUAAAUCUUUUCUGUAUUAAAUAAAACCCCUAAAAUUUGAGUGAUGAAUGCA